AUGGAUAGAUAAUUGUAAACGAGUCAAAGAAUCUUUACAAAAGCUUAGGUUGAUGAGAAGGUUAAAUAUUUACUUUGUGUUGAUAUGGAUUCUCACCAAAUCUUCACUAUUAAUCUUAAGAAUCAUGAAAUCUGCAUAGAAUAUGAUGUUCCUUAAGCUUACAGAGUUAAGGCUAAAAAAGAUAUAAUGGAUAUCUAGAAAUUAGUUUAAUUGCCUGAUUCCUCAUGGAAUAUGGAUACAUUGAGAAAUUAAAGGUAUCGAAGGAGAGAAAUCUCAGAAUAUCUAUUGCAUAAAAUUGUCAACUAAGAGCCAACCUAUUUGGCUGAAUCAUCAAUGUCUGAUGCAUUCUCUAAAGUCACUUCACUCAAAUUGAUUGUUGAUCUAAGUGAUUACAUUAGAUUGGAAGACUAAGUAUAUUAAGAUAUAAAUCCUAUAACAAUUGAAUUACAUGUGGAUUUAGUCACUUGUUCAGAUGAGGUAAUUAAGAAGAUUUUGAGAGUAGUUUAUAACAACUUUUAAGUUAGACUGAAAACUAAAUCUCAGGAAAAUUAGUUUGUUCUUUAGAUUUCUGGUUUUAGAGAAUAUUUAGCAGGAAAUUAUUCAAUAUUGAGUUAUGAUAGAGUCAGAAUGAAUUUAAGAGGUAUAUAGUAUUUACAAGUUAAUCUAACUGAAGUUCCUAAGGUUAGAAGGAUGUAUGAUAAUUUUCCUCCUAUUUUUGAAAGAAAUGCAGAUGAAAGUGUACCUUGGGAUUAAUUUAUUGAUAUUCCUUGCUUUCUAUUUUAUGCUCCAUUUCCUUUACGUGAUAUAUAGAAUGAAGAGGGCAAAAAAAGAAAAAAAAUAAGUAGAUAAGACUCUAAUUUCUCUCCAUUACGACCUCGUCUAUUUUUGAAAGAGAGAUGUUUGGAAUUUGUUGAGAUGAGAUACUAAAUGUUAUAAGAAAGAUAUUUCCCUUUAAAAAAGAGUAUCAUAUAUUCAGGGGAAUGUGAUUAUAGAUUUAAAAUUCAGAUUCUGUGUCUCUCAAAUAUACAUAGAUUAUUCAUAUUGGAUGAUAAAGAUCUUGAUGAAUUCAAAAAACAAAAUGGACAUAAAAGAAGAGCAACAUAUAAUGGUUAAUGUCCUCCUAGAUUUAUUACAAAAGCUUCUGCAAAAUAGGAAGAAUUACAUAAUACUUCUAAGAAGAAGGUAAAAGUGGAAGAUGAAGAGAAAUUAUAAAAGAAGAUAAGUUUCCUUAAAUUAUGUAAGACUAAAGAAUAAGAUGCUUAAUAAAUUAAAUAACUUUCGAAAGGUUUUUUUAAUCCUCAUUUUUUUAAUCAUGGUCCAUAAGGAACAGCUAAUAUGGAAUGCUUAAUGUAGAAAUAUGAAUUAGAUAUACAACCAUAUUUAAUAUCAAUUUAAGUUUUAUUGAUGUAUGGAUAAACUCCUUUGACUAAAUUCAGUGUUGUUAAUAGUUAAAAAGUUCCAUUCAGAUAAAACACUUGGUUUUAUUAAGAUAUUACAUUUUAAGGAUUGAAAAUCUCAUAAUUACCUAUGGAAUUAAGAUUAUGUUUCAAUAUAGUUUUGCAUUCUUCAAAUGGUGAAGAAUAAAUAAUUGGAAGUACAAUUACAGAAUUAUUUGAUGAAAAUGGAAAACUAAAAUAAGGAAGGUUACAUCUAAAUGUAUGGCCAUUUUAUAAAUGUGAUACUAGAAUAGCAUGCAUGAAUGAAUAUUAUGGAGCAGCAUUACCUAAUCAAGAACGAGCACCAUAUUAUACAUAAUUAGUUAUUGGGAUGCCAACAUUCAUUGAAGAUGUAUAUUGGAGUUUGAGAGAUGAAAAAUAUAUGAAAUAAGUUGGAUUCCCUUCUACUCCAUUGAAUAUUUAAUAGAUUUCUCUACAAUAUCUUAAUGGUGUAUUAGAAAGAAGGGGUACUUUGAAUUCUAGUGUCACAGUUAGACCUUAAAGAGAUUGGAAAGCCACUCCAAAUACAAAUGAAUUGGCUAAAUUGGAUAGAUUAUUAAAGUUUGAUCCUCUUUAACGUCAUCUUUAUACAGAUGAAGAUAAAUUCAUUUUAUUAAAAUGUAGAAAUCAUUACAAGAAUUAACCAUCUGCUUUUCCAAUUUUUUUAUGUGCUAUUAAUUGGAGUGAUCCUGAAGAAAUUAGAGAAGUCUAUUAAAUGAUGAAAGUUUGGACUAGUUUACCUUCUGAUGAUGCAUUGCCUCUGUUAGAUGCAAACAUUUCAGAUGAAUUAGUUAGGUAUUAUGCUACUAAAAGGGUAGGUCUAUAUAAGGAUGAUGAAUUAGUGUUAUUUAUGUUAGAAUUGACUUAAGCUUUAAUUUUUGAAUAAUGUCAUUUUUCACCUUUGGGAGAAAUGCUUAUUGAAAGAUCCAUUAUGAAUCCUUGGGUUGUUGGACAUGAAUUAUUUUGGUAAUUGAGAUCUUAAUUACAUAUACAACCUACUUAUGAGAGAUAUAGUCUAAUUUUAGAAUAGUUAAUGAUGCUUUUUGGAAAUUAUAGAUAUGAAUUAUUUGGUGAGGUUUAAGUGAAUGAUGAAAUCAUGUAGAUUGCUGAUUUUAUAAAGACAGAAAAGGAUUCAAGUAAAAGAUUAAAAGAAAUGAAAAAUAAAUUAUAAGAUGCCAGACAGAAAUUCUCAAAAACAUUUUAAUUUGCAAUUGAUCCAAGAAUGAGUGCUUCAGAAUUGAUUUACGAAAAAUGUAAAAUAUUAGAUAGCAAAAAAGUAAUCGAGUAUAUAUAUAUGUCUAUAGCUACCUUUAUGGUUAGUUAUGAAAUCUGCUGAAACUAGAGAUGUGAGUUAAAUUCCAAAGUAAAUCAUCAUGUUAUCUUCUAAGAAUUUAAAAGAUACUGAUUGUCUUGAAAACUUAAGAAGAGAAAAAGAAUUAAGAAAAAUAACUAUAAAUGAUAAAUUUCUUAUUAUUUUUAAAUGUGGAGAUGAUAUCAGAUAGGAUUUACUGACAUUAUAAUUGAUAAAAAUUAUGGAUAAAAUAUGGUUAGAUUUUGGUCUUGAUUAUAGAAUGAAACCAUAUAAAGUCAUUUCUACAUUAGAUCAAGUAGGAAUGAUUGAAGUAGUUCUUAAUUCAGACACUACUUCAAGUAUCCAUGAAAAUGCUGGUAAAUUUGGAGCAUUAAAUAAAAGUUCAAUUAUGGAAUAUCUAAAAAAACAUAAUAAACAUAGUAUGGAAAAUGCAGUAGAGAAUUUCUUAAGAUCUUGUGCUGGUUAUUGUGUUGCUACUUAUCUUCUAGGAAUUGGUGAUAGACAUAGUGGUAAUAUUAUGUUAACUGAAAGUGGACAUCUAUUUCAUAUAGAUUUUGGACAUUUUUUAGGUAUCAAUGAUUUAUCAUUUAUUUUUUAGGUAAUUUUAAAACAAAAUAUGGAAUCAAUAGAGAAAGAACUCCUUUUGUUUUUACUUAAGAAAUGGCUUAUGUAAUGGGAGGAGUAUAAGGACACAAUUUUUAAAGAUUUGAAGAUUUUUGUACUAAAGCCUAUAAUUAAAUUCGAUAGCAUGGGCAUUUGCUAAUUAAUAUCUUCCUUAUGAAUUUAUCAGCAGGUAUGCCUGAAUUGUAAGAGAUUGCAGAUAUCGAAUACUUAAGGGAGAAAUUAUAAUUAGAUAUUGGAGAAUAAUAGGCAACUGAAUUGUUUAGGAAAGAAAUUACUACUAGUUUAAAUGAUAUGUGGAGAAAGAUUGAUAAUUUAAUUCAUAACUUUACAAGAGAUUGA